AUGGCUCCGAUUCUCAGAUCCACUUCCUUUCUCACUUUGCUCGUCUGCCUCUUCUUCUUUGCUUCCACUCUCCCGAUCUCAUCUGGGUCUGAGGAUAGUUACACCAUCACCGGUAGAGUAAGAGUCCCUGCAAGCGCCGCAAUUGGCCACGCAGCAAAAUUCUCAAACAUCAAAGUUGUGCUCAAUGGUGGACAGCAUAUUACUUUCCUCAGGCCUGAUGGAUACUUUACAUUCCACAAAGUGCCAGCUGGGACUCAUCUGAUUGAAGUGUAUGCGCUCGGCUACUUCUUCUCUCCAGUGCGAGUUGAUGUUAGCGCUAGGCAUCGUGGCAAGGUCCAAGCAACGCUAACGGAAACCAGGAGGAGUCUUACUGAGCUGGUCUUGGAGCCAAUUCGGGCAGACAUAUACUAUGAGAGGCGAGAACCUUUCUCUGUAAUGUCAAUCGUGAAGAGUCCAAUGGGUCUUAUGGUGGGAUUCAUGGUCGUGGUUGUCUUCUUGAUGCCUAAGUUGAUGGAAAACAUUGAUCCAGAGGAAAUGAAGAGAACACAAGAGGAGCUGAGAAGCCAAGGAGUGCCGUCACUCUCCAGCUUGUUGCCCUCUAGCCGCUAA